UUGGGGCUGAGUUAGCGUCUUGGGAUUUCUCUUAUUUCUCCUUGCUUUUUGCCUUUCUCCGGUCGCUGUUGUCUCCGAUUUUCGAUAUGCCGUCUUCUUUGCUGGGCUCGGCAAUGCCGGCGUCCACGUCGGCCGCAGCCCUGCAGGAAGCUUUGGAAAAUGCGGGGCGGCUCAUCGACCGUCAGUUACAAGAAGACCGCAUGUACCCGGACCUUUCCGAUCUGCUCAUGGUGUCUGCCCCAAAUAAUCCCACUGUUUCUGGCAUGUCAGAUAUGGAUUAUCCUCUACAAGGACCUGGUUUGCUGUCAGUACCCAACCUGCCAGAGAUCAGUUCCAUUCGAAGAGUUCCUCUCCCACCUGAACUUGUUGAACAGUUUGGACAUAUGCAGUGUAACUGCAUGAUGGGCGUGUUCCCUGCUAUCAGUAGAGCUUGGCUCACAAUUGACAGUGACAUAUUCAUGUGGAACUACGAAGAUGGAGGAGACCUUGCCUAUUUUGAUGGACUUAAUGAGACUAUUCUUGCUGUGGGACUUGUAAAACCAAAAGCUGGCAUAUUUCAACCUCACGUACGACAUCUUCUGGUUUUGGCAACCCCUGUGGAUAUAGUGAUUCUUGGACUCAGUUAUACUAAUUUGCAAACAGGUUCUGGAGUUCUCAAUGACAGUAUGUGUGGUGGAAUGCAGUUACUUCCAGAUCCUUUAUAUUCUCUUCCUACUGAUAAUACUUACCUUUUAACAAUAACUUCCACUGAUAAUGGCAGAAUUUUCUUGGCUGGAAAGGAUGGCUGUUUAUAUGAAGUAGCAUACCAAGCAGAAGCAGGCUGGUUUAGCCAGAGGUGUAGGAAAAUAAACCACUCAAAGAGUGCACUUUCUUUCCUUGUUCCUUCGUUACUACAGUUCACAUUCUCAGAAGAUGAUCCUGUUGUUCAAAUUGCAAUUGAUAAUUCAAGAAAUAUUUUAUAUACACGAUCGGAGAAAGGAGUAAUACAGGUGUAUGAUUUGGGCCAUGAUGGACAAGGAAUGAACAGAGUUGCCUCAGUGUCACAGAAUUCUAUUGUUUCUGCUGCUGGAAACAUUGCUAGGACCAUAGAUCGUUCUGUUUUUAAACCAAUUGUUCAAAUAGCAGUGAUUGAAAACUCCGAAUCACUGGACUGUCAGUUAUUGGCUGUCACACAUGCAGGUGUAAGACUGUAUUUCAGCACUUGUCCGUUCAGACAGCCAUGGACACGCCCUAAUACAUUGACACUGGUCCACAUCCGCUUACCUCCUGGAUUCUCAGCAUCUUCAACGGUGGAAAAGCCUUCAAAAGUACAUAAAGCUCUUUAUAGUAAAGGUAUUCUACUGAUGGCAGCCUCAGAAAAUGAAGAUAAUGACAUUUUGUGGUGUGUCAACCAUGAUACAUUUCCUUUCCAAAAGCCAAUGAUGGAAACCCAGAUGACUACUCGUGUUGAUGGUCAUUCCUGGGCUCUUUCUGCAAUAGAUGAGUUCAAAGUAGAUAAGAUAAUCACACCCUUAAAUAAGGAUCAUAUUCCCAUAACUGACUCACCAGUUGUUGUACAGCAGCACAUGUUGCCUCCAAAGAAGUUUGUUCUCCUCUCAGCACAGGGGAGUCUUAUGUUUCAUAAACUUAGACCUGUAGAUCAACUGAGGCAUCUACUUGUGAGUAAUGUGGGUGGAGAUGGAGAAGAGAUUGAAAGAUUCUUUAAAUUACAUCAGGAAGACCAGGCCUGUGCAACUUGCCUUAUUCUUGCUUGUUCCACUGCUGCCUGUGACAGAGAAGUAUCUGCUUGGGCCACUCGGGCUUUCUUCAGGUAUGGUGGUGAAGCACAGAUGAGAUUUCCAGCCACUCUCCCCGCUCCAAGUAAUGUUGGUCCCAUCUUGGGGUCUCCUGUCUACUCUGGUUCUCCUGUUCCUAGUGGUAGUACAUACCUGAAUCCAUCCUUUUUGGGAACACCAUCUCAAGGUGUUCAUCCUCCUGCUAUGUCAACUCCAGUGUGUGCUAUGGGAAAUCCAGCAACUCAGGCCACAAGUAUGAGUUGUAUGGCUGGACCAGAGAUUGUGUACUCUGGAAAACACAAUGGUAUUUGCAUUUACUUUUCUCGAAUCAUGGGAAACAUCUGGGAUGCUAGUUUAGUUGUGGAGAGAAUAUUCAAGAGUGGCAACAGAGAGAUCACUGCAAUUGAAAGUAGUGUUCCCUCCCAGCUGCUGGAGUCAGUGCUACAAGAACUGAAAGGUUUGCAAGAAUUUCUAGACAGAAACUCCCAGUUUACAGGAGGACCAUUAGGAAAUCCAAAUACUACUGCCAAAGUGCAGCAGAGGCUGAUAGGAUUCAUGCGCCCUGAAAAUGGAAAUACCCAGCAAAUGCAACAGGAGCUGCAGAGGAAGUUUCAUGAGGCUCAACUGAGUGAAAAGGUUUCACUUCAGGCAAUCCAGCAGUUGGUUCGAAAAUCAUACCAGGCUCUGGCUUUAUGGAAACUUCUUUGUGAACAUCAGUUCACUGCCAUUGUAGGAGAACUUCAGAAGGAAUUUCAAGAACAGUUGAAAAUCACCACCUUUAAAGAUCUGGUAAUCCGGGACAAGGAACUGACAGGGGCAUUAAUUGCUUCUCUAAUCAACUGCUACAUCAGAGAUAAUGCUGCUGUUGAUGGCAUUAGUUUACACUUACAGGACAUCUGCCCACUGCUGUAUAGCACUGAUGAUGCAGUUUGUUCUAAGGCAAAUGAGCUUCUCCAGCGUUCCCGACAAGUUCAAAAUAAGAUUGAAAAGGAAAGAAUGUUAAGGGAAUCAUUAAAGGAGUAUCAAAAAAUCAGCAAUCAAGUGGACCUGUCCAGUGUUUGUGCUCAGUAUAGACAAGUGCGUUUUUAUGAGGGUGUAGUGGAGCUCUCUCUUACUGCUGCAGAGAAAAAAGAUCCUCAGGGUCUUGGACUUCAUUUCUAUAAACAUGGAGAACCAGAAGAAGACAUCGUGGGACUUCAGGCUUUCCAAGAAAGAUUAAACAGUUACAAGUGUAUUACAGAUACACUUCAAGAACUGGUAAAUCAAAGUAAGGCUGCUCCUCAGUCUCCCAGCGUGCCCAAGAAACCCGGACCUCCAGUGUUGUCGUCUGAUCCCAAUAUGCUGAGUAAUGAAGAAGCAGGCCAUCAUUUUGAACAAAUGCUUAAAUUGUCUCAAAGAUCCAAAGAUGAACUCUUUAGUAUUGCCCUUUAUAAUUGGCUAAUACAAGCUGACCUUGCAGAUAAACUGCUACAGAUUGCUUCUCCAUUUCUGGAGCCAUAUCUAGUCCGAAUGGCCAAAGUUGAUCAAAACAAAGUUCGUUACAUGGAUUUACUCUGGAGGUAUUAUGAGAAGAACAGAAGUUUUAGCAAUGCUGCUCGUGUCCUAUCCAAAUUGGCUGACAUGCAUAGCACAGAAAUUUCACUUCAGCAGCGACUAGAGUACAUUGCUCGUGCCAUUCUUAGUGCCAAAAGUUCCACUGCCAUUUCAUCAAUAGCUGCAGAUGGUGAAUUCCUUCAUGAAUUAGAAGAAAAAAUGGAAGUUGCUAGGAUCCAACUUCAGAUACAAGAGACACUACAAAGGCAAUAUUCCCAUCAUUCUUCUGUACAGGAUGCAAUUUCUCAGCUGGACUCUGAGCUAAUGGACAUAACUAAGCUUUAUGGGGAAUUUGCUGACCCAUUUAAACUGGCAGAAUGUAAACUUGCAAUAAUUCAUUGUGCCGGUUAUUCAGACCCUAUACUGGUGCAGACACUUUGGCAAGAUAUCAUAGAGAAAGAACUGAAUGAAAGCGUGACAUUGAGCUCCCCAGACAGGAUGCAUGCUCUUAGUCUCAAGAUUGUGCUCCUUGGCAAGAUGUAUGCCGGCACACCUCGUUUCUUUCCUCUAGAUUUUAUUGUGCAGUUCUUAGAGCAGCAAGUUUGUACUUUGAACUGGGAUGUGGGUUUUGUGAUACAGACAAUGAAUGAAAUUGGAGUGCCAUUACCUAGACUACUGGAAGUAUAUGAUCACUUGUUCAAGUCACGGGAUCCAUUCUGGAACAGAAUGAAGAAGCCACUGCACCUUUUGGAUUGUAUACAUGUACUAUUGACAAGAUAUGUUGAAAAUCCUAGCCAAGUUUUAAAUUGUGAGAGGAGAAGAUUCACAAAUCUCUGCCUGGAUGCCGUUUGUGGUUAUCUGGUUGAGCUCCAGUCUAUGAGCUCCUCAGUAACAGUACAGACCAUCACUGGGAAUUUUAAAUCUCUUCAGGCUAAACUAGAACGGCUUCAUUAAUUAUUGUAAUGUAUUUUCAUCCAUGCGUUUUGAUCUGUAAAAUAAAAGCUCAGCUGGGUCCAGA